GCCCAUUCAGACUAAGCUACAGAUACUUUCAAUUAGCUAGCAGCCAGCUAGUGCGCAACGCGAGUGCUGACUAGUUUCUAUGGAGUGAAAAUGGCUCCUUUUCCAGACGAGGUGGAUGUUUUUACUGGCCCACAUUGGCGAAUGAAACAGUUGGUAGGACUUUACUGCGAGAAGCUGUCACAGACCAACUUCUCCAACAACAAUGAUUUCCGCUCAUUUCUUCAGUCACUGUGUGCCACCUUCAAGGAGUUCAAGAUGCAUGAACAGAUUGAGAAUGAGUACAUCAUUGGCCUGUUGCAGCAGCGGAGUUGCACUGUGUAUAAUGUGCACUCGGACAACAAGCUCUCAGAGAUGUUGUCUCUGUUUGAAAAAGGGCUGAGAAGCGUUAAGAGUGAGUAUGAGCAACUGAACUAUGCCCAGCAGCUUAAGGAGAGGUUGGAGGCGUUUACACAAGACUUCUUACCCCACAUGAAGGAGGAAGAAGAGGUGUUUCAGCCCAUGCUGAUGCAAUACUUCACCUACGAAGAGCUGAAAGACAUCAAGAAGCAGGUGAUAGCCCAGCACUGUAGCCAGCAGCCUUGGGACUGUGCAGCUGAAGUGCUGAAGGGCCUUAGUCUGUGGAGCCAGGCGGAGGAGCUGCACAAAGCCUUUAAGUAUGCCGACCAUGAGAAGACUGAGGAUGAAUUAGAGACAGAGCCUUGCUCCACCCACAUCUCCCAGCUGCCCACCGAGGUUCUUCUGCGUCUGUUCCGCUACCUUGGCCCGGAGGACCUGUGUCGCUGUGGCCAAGUGUGCUCUUCCUGGUCCAACCUAGCCAAGACUGGCUCUCUGUGGAGGCACCUCUACCCUGUCCGCUGGGCCAGAGGGGAUUACUACCAUGGCCCCCCAGCGGAUCUGAACCAGGAGCCCGAUGAAGAGUGGGUGAAGAGUCUGCAGGAUGAGGGCAAAGCCUACCAGGAGUGGGAUGAGGACGCUGAUGUGGAUGAGUCUGAUGAGCCUUGUGAAGAAUCCUUGGCUAUAAGUGCUGCUCAGCGGGAGAAGAAGCUACUCAAUGGCAUGAUCCAGAAUCUACUGCCAUCUGUGGGUUCCUCCGUCAGGUCCAUUGUUCUAGCCUACAGCUCUACGGUCUCCAGUAAGAUGGUGCGUCAGAUCCUCAGUCUGUGUCCUAAUCUCAUCCACCUGGACCUCACUCAGACUGAUGUCACAGACUCUGCCUUUGACAGUUGGUCAUCUCUGGGUGCGUGUCACUCUCUGGAGCAUCUGGACCUAUCGGGCUGUGAGAAGAUCUCUGACCACACCCUGAAGAACCUGUCCCUUGGACUGGGGGACCUGGUGUCACCCACCUGCUCUGAGAAACGUGCCGACCGGCGAACCAAGCUUCUGAAGUGCCCUCAUUCUCCUAUCAGUCUGUUUGCGGAGCAGUUCGUCAGUCCUAAGGUCAAGAUCUACAAGGAGCGUCUAGCGAGACUUGGCAGCGCCCCCUGCGGCCCUGCCCAGGUCUGGGUGCUGGACGCUUCCAAACUGGCUGACAUUGAGGAUGCUGCAGAGUGGAACCAGCGUGGUAUCUUGUCAGCCACAGAGGGCCUGAGCUUUGUGGAGAUGCAGGCAGGAGGUUUGUGCUGCUGCACUCGGAGUAGGAAACGUGCCCUGAGGACUGGCUUCCGAGCCUCCUACUGGCAGCAGCAGUAUGGCUUUGGAGAGGCUCUCUGUGGCCACUCCACCUGCUGCACUGGUGAGAAAGCCCUGAGGACUUUUGGAGGGCCGCAGUGUGAGCCCAACACCACCAGGAGCCGCACAGGGGCAGAGUUUCGGACUAAAUGCUCUUCUGAGGGCCAGUGGUGCCUGGAGCGGGACAAAAGAACUGUCCAGUCAAACACUCUGCGAUCCCUACGGUUCCUCAGCCUCUCUGGAUGCUACCAGGUUACAGACCUGGGCUUGAGGACGUUAUCUCAGCGUGGAGGUCUUCCCCUUUUGGAGCAUCUGAACCUAUCUGGAUGUCUCCUCAUCACUGAGGUGGGACUACAGGAGCUGGUGUCAGCCUGUCCUGCUCUUAACGACGAACACUUCUACUACUGCGACAACAUUAACGGUCCCCAUGCUGAUACAGCCAGCGGCUGCCAGAACCUGCAGUGUGGCUUCAGGGCUUGCUGCCGCUCUGGAGAGUGACCAUUGACAUUCUGCUCAUGACCACUCCCAUCGUGGUUCCUCAUCUGCACUUUAAUCUCCUGGGAAUAUACCAUUCACUAUGUUUUUGUCACUUCAGUUUCUGUGUUGAAAGAAAACGAGUAAAAAGCUGAUGGUUCCACUUGUUUUUCUAGGAUGUACUCCUUUGGCGAAUUAAUGAAAAUAUAUGGGUUGGAAUGUAAAUUCUGAUUACUUGAUUUUGUAAAAACGUAUUUUAAUUUGGAGAAAUCAGAUUCUAAGAGUUGUUUUGAGUUGCAAAAAAAGCAGAAUUGAGUCUGUAACUUAUGAAUUUAAUUAACCAGCUCUCUCAAAGUUGAUCUCAAAUUAUCCUGUAGUUUCUGAGCUGCUUGUUAGAGCACUGAUUUGCAAUAGCAGUAAUCUUCCUUGAUUGAUUGAAAGUAAAAGUCAGAAACAUCAGAUUACUUACUGUUGUAACAGAGGUCUCUUCACAUGAUACAAACAGCUUCACAUAGACAUUUUAUGACAGAAUGUAGAGGGGAUUCACACAGUGAAAGACACAGCUGCAUUUUAAUGUGGAUGUGAUUUGACGGUUAUACAUUUUAGGGUACUGCAUACUCCUGGAGAACUCUGUCACUACUAGAAAUGACACACCUGUGUUUCGCUGGUGGCCAGGUGGGAGGAUUUCCUCUGAUAAGGGUUGGCUUUUCAGAUAGAAAGGGUUAUAGUGUUUUCUGGCUGCAGGUUAAACCCUUGUCCCGGAGUGCUCUGAUUUCAACCUCAAUUCGCAUUCACAAAGCACCUUGUCUUUCUCUUGUGGCUGGAAAUAUUGGAUUGUUCUGCUAAUAGUUAUUUAAUGCACUGUGGAGAUUUUGCAUAAUUUUAGUCAGUAGUUGUUAAAUUGGUGUUUAUAUGCCAAAACCUGUCUGUUCUUUUGUGUACAACUUCAUCCAGCUGUGUUGUCAUCCAUUUAUGUUACAAAUCCAAUUACGCAUAGGAAUGAGUUUUCAGUGUUGGUCAGUGUUGGUCAGUAUUCUCAUAAGCUCUCCCAGGGCAGAGGGUUACUUCCCAGACGUUGGCUGGGGCUACAGUAGUAUGAGAGCAUAGAAGAGGAUCUCCACCCUGUGAAAGCCACUCUGACCAUUGGUACUUAUGUUGCAGAACCCUCAUCUGGAGAUAUUUGCUUGUUCAAACAAUCUGCAUCAAAAGUUCUAUUAUGUACAACUCAAAAGCAGAACAAUAAAAGUAUCUUGGAUU